AUGCGAAUUCACACUCGAGCCAGAGUUACCCGCGUGAAGCUGCAGGCAGCACCGGGCAGUCAGGAAUGCGAAGAACCGACAGAGCAGAAUGUGCUCACACCCCCCUCGCUCGCCACGAGCGCCUACCGACCACCACAGCACAUCCAUGCCGCGCACCCACACACGCACAACAUGCACACACUGGUGGAGAUCGCCCUCGACCUGGGCCGUCGGCAAGUCGCACGGUUCCCCGUGGGUGACACUUUUGUGAGUGAAGAGGUGGUAACAGCGGGCGGCAUUGAGUGCUCGCAGGUAGCGCCCUCAUUAUCUCCCUCUCCCCUCGUCCCCCUCUCCCCUCCUUCCCUCUCCGCGCCUUCCCCUCCAGGCAGGUUGGAGAGUUCGGGUGCGCACCUGCGGUGUGCACGGCCAACAGCGUGUGCCCGCCCUCGUGGUACGCCGUCAGGCAGCGCGUCUGCGGGGAGAUGA